AUGUGGCAAACGCUGGCGAUCGCUUCGGUGUUUUUCCCGGGUCUCUUCGCUCUGUCCGUUCGGAGUCUCGGCUGGGCUGCCCCGGCAUGGAGCCUCAAGGACCGGAUCCUCCUCAGCAGCAGGAUGGUGUCUUCUGUUCAAGCUACCAUGGCUACUGUUUCUGGGAUCAUUGUUGUCCUUAAUUGCAAGGAUGUGGUACAUGACAGGUACUGGCUCGCAGUAGAGUAUGUUUGGGUCAUCGUCCCAUACAUGAUCUACGACAUAUACGUCAUGUACCUCUGCCAUUGGCACAAAAGCAAAGACACCUCGGAGAAGAAGCAUUCGCUGGCCAGCGUGAGGAGCUUCCUGGAAAAGGAUCGCCUCAUGGUGACGCACCAUCUCUUCAUUCUUGUUGUCCUCACACCCGUCGCGCAGUACCUUAGAGGAGAGCUUGGAGAUUUCUUUGUUGGUUGCAUCUUUGUGGCGGAACUGAGCACUCCGUUCGUGUCACUGGGCAAAAUCCUGAUGCAGCUAAAAAUGCAGGACACGCUCCUGCACAAGGUGAAUGGGAUUCUCAUCCUGGUGACGUUUUUCCUCUGCCGGAUCGUCCUCUUCCCGUUCAUGUACAGGGCCUACGCCAGGCAUACGGGGAUCCCCAUCUACAUGGUGCCUUUCCACAUCCCCAUGCACUGCAACGUGGCCAAUGCCUCUCUCAUCGCCCCACAGCUCUACUGGUUCAUGCUGAUCUGCAGGAAAGCUGUCCGACUCUACAGCAGUUCGCCGUCCGACAGGAAUAGAUAA